ACAUCACGUGACUCUGCUAGCCAAGGACGAAAUUUGUCAACAUGGAAUGGCUGUCCCAAAAAUGGAAAGAAUUUUGGCCUGAUAAAAGACAACCGAUACCUUGUAGAGGGUAUUGGUAUGGUGCACCAUGUAUUGACCCUGAUUCUACUCCAACAUUUGACCCAAUGCUUGGAUUUCCGAAUGGUCGUAAAGAAAGACAGAUGCAUAUGACUCUUGAAGAGAUGAUAGAAACAAGGAUCCCUGCAGAACACAGAAACUAUUGCGCUCAUAAAUAUGUUGACGUUAUGAAAUGUUACAGGGAUGUUCCUUACCGUCAGAGACUGUUCAAAAAAGCAUGUGAACCAGUUUGGGACGAGUAUAAACACUGUAGAUAUGGACUUGAGGUAAUGCAGUUUAAAGAAUUUGAAAGAGAAAGACGACUGCGUGCCAGACAAAAGAGACGUAUUGCAAAAGGGCUAGAACCUGAUCCAAAUGAAAGUGCUAAUGCAGAAGCUUUGUAAUGAAACUAUUAAAUAGAAUUUUAGAUAUUUAAAGAAAAACAAAGGACUCAGACUUAGAGCAACUUAUGAAUGAUUAUAUUUAAAGGUCAUUCAUUUAAAAAGUUAAAGAUAACGUAAAAAUGUGUGUUAUACAAAAUUUGUUAAAUAUGUGAGGAGGAGGUUUUCGAUUUAAUAAAGUAGAAUCUUUAUUAACAAGAUGCUCUAAUUACAAUUGUAAGUUUGUAGAUGAUAUUGUUUUUUUCUAUAAAGAUAAUUUGAAAAGAAA